AUGCGCUUUACCCUUAGACGUAUUUUCACGUUGUUCAUGAAAAACUUCCCUCCCGAGAUAACUGACUUGACCAUCGAUUUGCUCAACGGUGACUGGCAAUCACUCUACAAUUGUGCAUUGGUCUGUCGCGCGUGGUUCCCCAGAAGUCGGUACAACUUACUUCGCAACAUUCGCCUGACUAAACACUCGGAGGCGUUGAUGCUCAUGCAUCGCUUCCGUGAGGCGUGCAUCCCUGAAGACCAGUCACCACGCGAACUGUCUAUUGUUGAAGAUCACGCACCGGACAGCCGACCAUUUGUCCAUACGGUGCCUUCGAUCUUCUUGCGGACUACAAGCUCUAUGAUGUUGGAGAGCUUGUCAAUUGAUGGCAUACGAUGGCGAGAAGGGGUCGUGCCUCCCGGCCACCCAUUCUGGAGCUCCUUGUCGCAGCUUACUUCACUUACAUCACUCACGUUGGACAACUGCCGGUUUGUCAACUUCCGCCAGUUCCAGCGGCUCGUCUAUGUGCUCCCCCAGUUGUCCCACCUCAAGAUUUCACGAGGCACAACUUGGUCGCGUCGGAAAACUCCCAUCUUGCAUACCCAUCUCCCGCGUCUCCGGCAGCUCGAGAUCGAUGGUUGUAACCGGCGAGUGACAAGUGCACUGCUUCGCUGGGUUUGCGACACUCCGACUUGCCAAUCUCUACGGCAGCUUGUAUACGAACCGCCUCCGCGGAGCAGAGACGCACUGGGCGAUAUGGCUGUUGCACUUGCCUUGGCAGCUCGUAUAUUCUCUCCCCAAUGGGACUGUGAGCGCACUUCCACCGCAUUAUCCCAUCUCGAUAUUCCUGAUUCGCACCUUCAGAUGACAGAAUAG